UAUAAAAAGGAACGAUUUCCCAGGCAGAAAUCCUUUUUUUUUUCUCGUGCUCAUAAUUGCAUUUACAGUAUGCGAGUUCAAGAUUCUGACCGAGCUUCUGAUAAUUCUGAUUUUCAGGAUGAUUCCAUAAAUGGAUCUACCGUUCUUAUCAACCCUACUUCGAUGCAGCGUCAAACUAGUAUCGAAUCCGAAAAUUCUUUAAGUACACUAGAUGAAAAUGAAAUUGAAUCUUCUCUCUUACCUCCAUUUGUAAAUGAUUUUGAUGUAAAUCAAGUUGAAUUACUUGAGCAAAAUUUGAGUCAAAUUUUUCCACCACCGUAUAAUAUUUUUUCCAGUAAUGAGUUUCAAGAAGAUCAACAAAGUUAUGACGAAAAUGCUUCCAUGUCUCGGUAUAGUGAAUCUUUGACUGAAGAAUCUCAAAUAUCACAUCAAUUUGAAAGCCCAAUUCAAAUUAGUUACGACGAAAUAAUGAGCAAAACUGCUCAAAAUUUAGAUAAUAACGAUACAAAUAUUAGAAAAGCUUUUGGAAGUGACAUUAAGAACAAACCAGAUAUUAAGAACAAAUCUGAUUAUAAAAACAAACCUGAUUCCAAGAAGAGUAUUCGUAAUGUUCUUAAAAAUCAAAAAUUUUAUAUGAAUACUCAAACUGAAUAUGGUAAAGACUUGGUCGAAUAUAUUCCUGGAUUAUAUCGUUUGUUAUCUAAAGCUGAUGAUUCAAGUAGUUCUGACCAUAUAAUUCUUUCCAAGGAUUCUUUGAAGAAGCUAUGCAACGAUUGGUUUCCAUUAAGUUUCAAAUCUAUUUCUGAAAUUAAUUAUACAAAGCUGAAUUCGAUUUCAUUUCGCCUUAUCGGAUGUUAUGGAAAUCAUGCUUUGAUAGCAAAAUUCUUAUUAAAUAAUAAAAUUAUCAACCAAAAAAUAUGUGAAUAAACCUUCUUUACGUCCAGGUAUUUAUUUAUUAGUUGUGAACCCAGAUUUAGGUUUAGUUAUUCAUUGGCCUGAAAACGGUUGCUAUGAGGAAAAUGCUUCCCCGCAAAAGAAACAAAAUAUGAUUAAUUUUCAUAAGUAUGUAUUAUAAAUUAUCAUGUUUUUUAAAAAA